CAUCGCCAACCCUCCCCCCGCCGCCUUCCCACCCCGCAAAACACAUCCUCAGCUGUAAUUCUUCUCCGGGGAAAAAGGGAAGCUUCGAACCGACAAGAUGAUGUUCUUUGGCCUCGGCGGCAUCUUCUACUUCAUGGUCCUCGUCACAAACGCCAUCGCCAUCCUCUCCGAAGACCGCUUCCUAGCGCGCAUAGGCUGGUCGGCCUCCUCAGCGGCGGAGCCCGCGUUCGGUGCUGGGCCCGGGGGCGACGCGAGCGUGAAGAGCAAGAUUGUGAAUUUGAUUGCGAGUGUGAGGACGUUGAUGAGGAUGAUAAAACAAAGGUUCGUGGCAUUCUACGACAGCGGAGACUCCACGUCACAAGUGAAACUUCUCAAGUUCUCGCCUUGGUUCGGGCCCACUGCUGCUGCUGCUACGCCGUCAUGCUUUCUCCUUGAUUGGGGGCCACUGCUGCUAUCGUUACGUCGUCUCGUCACUGCUGGUAUCUUGUUACCGUUUGAGUCUUGCUACCUCGCACCCACCACCUCUGGGUAG